AUGGGGGCUCGUGAGAAGGAUGUGUACUUUGCCAAGCUUGCUGAGCAGGCGGAGCGCUACGACGAGAUGGCCGACUACAUGAAGAAGGUGGGCCACGCGGACGCAGAGCUCUCAGUGGAGGAGCGCAACCUGCUGUCCGUGGCCUACAAGAACACCGUGGGAUCUCGCCGUGCUGCCUGGCGCAUUAUCUCCGCAGUUCAGCAGAAGGAAACAAGCAAGGGCAACAGCGAGAACGCCGCCUGGGCCGCGGAGUACUGCACAAAGGUUGCGAAUGAGCUGCAAAAAAUCUGCGACACCAUCCUGGCCCUCUUGAGCGAGAAGCUGAUUGGCAAGGCGAGCAGCGGUGAGUCCAAGGUCUUCUACCACAAGAUGAAGGCUGACUACUACCGCUACAUCGCGGAAUUCCGCGAGGGUGACGAGAAGAAGCAGGCAGCGGACAACGCCAACAAGGCCUACAAGGAGGCAGCCGAGGUUGCGAACAAAGAUCUGGCGGUCACGCAUCCCAUUCGACUUGGCCUGGCACUAAACUACUCCGUGUUCCAGUACGAGGUGAGGAACGAGCCAGAGGAGGCCUGCAAGAUGGCACGCACAGCGUUCGAGGAUGCCAUUGCUGAGCUGGACAAUGUGGCCGAAGACUCCUACAAGGACUCGACGCUCAUCAUGCAGCUGUUGAGGGACAACUUGACGCUGUGGACCUCCGACCAGGCCCCGUACUGCCUUCAAGCCCUAGCGCUCGAACUGCCCGCCGACUUGGCCGAGCGCGCGACGCGGUGCCUGGAGGGGCAAGGAGGCUCUCCUGGUGAUUGCGAGGGGCUGGAGAUAGAGAUUACAUCUGACCAGCAGGCAGGUGCCAGGAAAGGCGUUCCAUCGGGAAGGAGGUGGCGAGUCAAGGUUUGGGGCGAGGAGCUGAAGGGCACGUUGGUGGACCUGCCGUGCUACACCGAGAGCCACAUCCUUCCUCCGAGCUCGACUGACACCAGCACGGGGGUCCUCUACAAGUCUGCAGAGAUCACGCAGAUGCUGAUCGCCCACCGCGAAGAUGAGCUGCCCAACAAGCAAUACUUGGACACAAGCAGCUACGUGUGGAAGUGUGGUUUGACACCUCCUACGCGUCUCAUCACGAAGCGGAGAUUUCGCGGCGUACCUCCACCCGAGUCGAUGUUUUCAGCUACGCACAUCAGAGAAGCCGUUUCGGCCUUGAAGGAUCGGUUGAGCAACGCUCCCUUCACCUACGAGGUCGAAGAGGAGGUGGACGCCGCCUUCAUCGAGCAGCUGCGUAAGGACGACCCCGGGAGCAUCUGGAAUCCUCCUUCGGCAGAAGUUCUGCGAGCUCCGCCAAAGCAGAAGCGGAGGGCAGGCGCCGCAGCCGAGGACGCUGCGACGAGUGAAGGCCCGCAUUCCCAGGUGCCGCAGCGCGCGGGGCGAGGAGGCCGCGCUGGAAGGCGGCAGCCCAGCCUGGGAAGCGCAGGCGGUGCUCCCGGCAAGCGUGCAGCCAGCGAAGGUGGAGGCAGCCGCCCUGGAAAGCGGCCCGCAAGCUUGACCAGCAUAGGAAGUGCCCCAGACAAGCGACCGGCCAGUGAAGGAGAGCGACCGUUGCGCCUGAGCUGA